GCAGCCCAGACUGUGUCUGUAAUCUAACAAUAUUAGAUCUUUACAUUUAUAACUGACGCUUUGAGGUUGCUAUAAUCGGUCAUGAUAGUCUCCAGCACUAUCAUAAUCAUCCCCACAAUAACUGCAUCAGCAGGACGGAGUGAAACGUUACGGUCGGCCAACACAUUUUCGUCUGAUACACCCGGAAGUUGUCUCCCUCUGUCUGGACUGAAGGCUGGAAGCAGGAGUCCUGUAACCUCUCCAUUUUGUUGGACAAAGUCCGCUUCAGCCACUGAGCUCACCCUCCUCCCAGGUGUGAGAGUUUGUUAGGUGUGUGCAUGUGUGUGUGUGGAUUGAGUGUGUUUUGGAGAGAUGUACUGCAUGUACCAGGAUCGGGAGGAGUUGGAAGAUGAUCUCUAUCAAGAGGAUGAAGGGGACUCUGAGGGGUCAGAGGACACCAGCGAGCUGGAGUUCCGCCUCUACAGCCAGCUCCACUACUCUUCUAAUGCCGGGGCGAUGGAGGAGCAGGACGACAGAGGAGAGAAGGUGGAGGGCCAGGACAGCCAGCAGUUUGAGGUGCCUGAGAAGACUGUAGAUGUUGACGGAGAACAGGAAAAAACUGGCAAAAGUAGGCCUCCUGAUAAAAGGAAGAAGGGAGAGCAACCUUAUAAAAAGAAUGAGGGGAAAAAUAACCCUAAAGGUCAGAGGUUGUCUUCAUCAUUUUUGGAGGAGGUCAUCGUGAUUGACUCCAGCCCUGAUGUCAUCUCCAUCUCUGAGGAUGAUACUUCAGAUGGUGAUGAUGAAGGGGUCUGCGCCUUAAAGGGCCGAGGCUUAAACCGGAUGCAGACUUCAACCCCGGCCCAACAGGCAACCCAGAAGAAGAGUCUCAGUGUGCCGGUGACGGUGGUCUCCAGCACCUCAGAGUCUGAUUCACAAGAGUCGGAAUCUGAGUCUGACUCUGAUGGUCUGGAGAACUGGAUGAUCCUGGGUCGAGGGAACCAGGACGGGGACCAGAGCAUCUCACUAAACCUGGAGGGAGGGUCUGACAGCAACACAGAUGCGGAAGAAGAGGCCGGCUGGUUGGUUUCUGAAAGGGACGUGGAGGCUGGGAUCUGCAACAAAGACAAGGGUGCCAGGAUAACAGGGCAGCGGAUGUCAAACAGAUACUAUACUAACAAGAGCGUCCAGUGUAGAAACUGCAACAAGAUGGGACAUCUCUCCAAGAACUGCCCUGAGCCCAAAAAGUUGUUGCCCUGCUUCCUCUGUGGCACCCCAGGCCACCUGUCCAGUGAAUGUCCCAAUAAGCACUGCAACAACUGCGGCCUGCCCGGGCACCUCUACAAUUCCUGCAGCGACAGAGCGUACUGGCACCAACAUUGCGAACGCUGCAGCAUGACUGGCCACUUAAUGAACGCUUGUCCAGAGAUCUGGAGACAGUAUCACUUCACAACUGAGACACAUACUCCUUUAAAGGCGCAAGGAAAGGAGCGGGGUCGGACUCCUGCCUACUGCUACAACUGCUCCAGGAGAGGACACUUUGGCCAUGUGUGCACACGGAAGAGGAUGUACAAUGGGACGUAUCCCAGCACACCGUUCAUCAACCACUACGACACAAAGAAGGACAUCAAAAGCAGACAACACUGGAUUACGUUGAAGGUUGAAGAACUGAAGAAAAAUGGCUUUUUAACUAGCAGUUUUCAGACCCCUCUUACUCCAGGACCGCCAAAGAAGAAGCAGAAAAUGAUCCAUCACAAAAGCAACUACCAGCCUAACCAAACGCCUCGCCAAAGCCCUAACAACCACAAACGCAACCAUAUCUUUUUUAAUGACGAUGACUUUACGGCUCCAGCGCGCAAAAGGAAUAAGUACAAUAAGCACAAACAACAGGAAGACACUGGCAAUGUGAAACCGUGGAAACCCAAGAGACCAGUUCCCACCUCAAGAGACCGUCCCCCACCAACUAAACUCAUUUUGAAUGAAGCAGAUGACUUUCCCAGAGGUGGAGGCAAAGGAGUCGCUAAAGAGAAGAAGAGGAUGAUGAAGAGGAAGCAUGUUCCUGAAAAGCUACCAAAAGGACAAAAGGACCGCCCCCGUUGGUCUAAAACGGGAGAGAUGCAGGGGUCAGCGUCAAAACAAGAGAAGGGAAAGAAGAACAGGAGAAAUCGAGCCCAGAGGAACGCUGACAAAAAUGGUGCUGCACAGAUGUACCCAACGGAUGAGAACCUGUUUAUCAUCAAACAGAGGAAACGCCACAGAUAGCAGCAGUUUGCGUGAGGUGUCGGGGCAGUGAUCUUCAUGACCAGUACACGUUCUAUGUGUUCAUGACAUUUAGUGACGUGUCAGACAUUACGUUGACGCAACAGUUAAAGCACAAGUGCAGCUUUAUGGGGUUCAUAAGCCUGUUUCAUGGAAGACGUGUUGACAUGUCACAGUAGGAAAAGCACAGGUGUAAAUAAUAAAAUUAAUAAUGGCUGAAUUCAUCCGCUUCAGGUUCGGUGUCCUGGUACUGUGCAUGCUGACUCACUUCUACACUGCAACACUUGAACAGAGCGGAGCCGUUGUUAAAGGAUAGGUUCAAGUCUAUGUGAACAUUGGAGCAGGUCUGCGGCGCUGUAAUCAUUCCUCUCGUUCCUCCUCGUACCAUACUGAAAGCCCUCCAUAAUACACUCUGUGUAAGUGACGGGCAACAGAACUCACAGUCUUUGUUUUGUGAUUUAUUUUAUUUUAUUCCUAGUAACAUUGGGCUUUAGGAGUCUGAGUUCGACAAAUAAAAUGGAUAUCUUUCAAAAUUGGAGUCUUUUUAGUACAAAAUCCCCUCUUUUUUACAAUCUCUGCAGCUCAACAGGGAAACGGUGGCCUUUGGAAGAUAUUCUCACACUGCUGAAGCCCCAUAUUAGUUUCGGAUAAACUUUUUACAUUUUUGCACAAAACUUGUAGGGGUGUAAAUCACAAAUUUCAUCAUGAUACAAUAUUAUAUUUGAUUCUUUGGACAACAAUAUUUGCUAAUUAUAACAAUAUUCACACACUCUGCUACGAUACGGUUUCAAUUUGAUUCAAUUUAGGGGCCUGCGAUCGAUACGAGACGAUGUCAUAUGCCCAUUUAACACUGUUACAUUUAUUUAAACUCACAAAAAGCAACUAAAAUAUGAUUCGACAUUUUAAAACUGGGCUUAUUUUAUAGAUGAUAAGUAUCGAUGUUUUUAUUUUGCAUUGAUGAUAUUGGAUCGUUUAGAAAGGGAUCUUUUAAUGUCCACUAUGAACAGGAGGGAUGAUUCUGAUGGAUGACGAGCUGUCCUUUAAUUUUACUUGUUCCACUUGUACUUUUCCCACUAUGACGAGUCAAAAUGUCUGCUGUGAAAAAGGUCUUUUGUGUUUGAUAUUCUGGAGUCUGGGCUGCUAGUUCACAGUUUUGCAUUGUGGUCAGUGUGCGAGUUAUAGCCCUAAUCAAACGGUGGCAUUAUUUCUAAAAUAGUUUCUAUCUACGUCACUGAUUUAAUAUAUUUGGAGAUAGACAAGUAAGAACCCAGUUUACCAUACGGUCAGUUCAGUAGUUAUUUAAAGGGACAAUUCACCCAAAAAUCAAAAUGACAUAUUUUUCCUCUUACCUGUUGUGCUAUUUACCAAUCUAGAUUGUUUUGGUGAGCUAGCUAACAUUAAGUUCGAUAGAAAGAAAAUGGUUCCUACAUGAAACUGAUCUUAACAAGGUCUGUGGAUUAUCUUGAGUUACCUUGUCAUGAUUUCUGGAAAGAGACGUUGCGGUUGAGUUUUUCUAAUGUAUUUUUUUUUUGCCGCUUUGAGCACCACAAGCAGAGAGAUAUGUUGUUCCAUUAUAUUCAAGAGCAGAGAAUAUACAUCUCGAAAGGCCGAUAUCGCUAACACUCUGCAACUUGCAUCAAAACAAUAUAUAUUCAUAAAUAGCACUACAGUUGAGAGGAAAAAUAUGUAUUUUUGAGUUUUGGGUGAACUGUUCUUUUAAGGCAACAAGUCAUCUCCACAGUUCUGAGCGUUCUCUAUUAAACAACACGAUGACUUGUAUUCCUAAUAGGCAUUCAGAAGCCUAAAAUGCAGUUGCAUCAACUUAUCAGUUAUCGUUAGAUUGUUUAAUAAGUGACGGUUAAAAUCGAUCUAUCGAUGUCGUCAUUACCAUAUUCUCUCAUUUCUUUAUUAGUUUCUGAACAUUGCACGUUUUGAAUUAAAAACAGACUCUGCUCUUUGAAGUAAAGUAAGAUCCUCUCAUAGUGCCUCAGCUCUGAACAUAGUCUGGAAGUUGAUGCUGCUUUUUGCAGUUGGAAACAAAGAAUGGGGAGUUUUCUUUUAAUGACCCUUGGAAAUGGUCCUUUCUUCAUUUAGAACUGAAGAGAUUCCUUUUUUUUUCUUUUACUAAUAAACUCAUUAAUUUGUAAAUUAUCUAAAUAUGUGAGCAUACUGUAAAUACCUCUAUUACACAUGUGUGAUGCACAUCUGCAGAUAGUCUCCUCACCAGUUCUUUUGUGAUCUGGAUAAAAUUCAGCCCUGACAGUAUUAACUUUUAACCAUCCACUAUUAAAAUUCUGUUCUUAUAAUUCUGUUCUUAUAAUAUGAUGAAAUGUGUGUGAGAUACGAGUUGAUGCCAUGAACACUGGCUACCUGAAGUGCUUUGGAUGAAUACAACUUUAAUCUGCUCUGAUUUAGAAGUUCUGUAUUUCAGGAGUGUUUCUGUUUAUUCAGUAACUGUUCCAUAAUUAUUCACAUUGCAUUCUGAUGUAAUUUAUGUUGAUGAUACAUUAAAAUCAUUUGGCUCCAGUC